CUUUGCGUAGUAAGUACUUUCGGUGUGAGUGGGCUUCAUGAAAGUAGGAAAGCAGCCGAAAAAGAAUGGUGAAUACUAGACACCGAGCGGAAAAUCGCUCGGAAGUCCCGUUUUUGUCACAUGAAGAUUUCGGCAAGAGGGACCAUGAAGCAAACGGUGAAGAAACAGAUGAGAGUAGUGGUGUUGUUGAUUUCUCACCAAGGAGUCUCAGAAAGUCUGUAAACCAGAGAAGUACUAGAGCAGCUACCAGGCGCAGGUUUGUUAUACAUGAUGAUGACCCAACAGAUGAAGAAAGUGAUUAUGAAUCCCAUAAAAAACCAUCACCAAGGCCAGUACGAUCUGUUCGUAGAAGUCGGCCAAUUAUAGAGGAGAAAGAAGAGGUGGCUGUGCGCCGCAGUAGUCGACAGAAGAAUUUGCUUUAUGGGACGUUUGACCCCAAGAUUUUGGAUAGGGCCUUGUAUGUUGAUAAGCAGAGCUAUGAUCAUGGUGAGGACAAUCCCAGAAAGAAAAGAAGAGUGGAAGAAACAGAUAAUGUUGAUGACAUGGAAGAGAGCAUGUAUAGCAGAGUAAAGAGAGUGAGGAAACCAGUAAAGAGAGAUAUGUAUGGAAUGCCUGUACACGAGUCUUCAGAAAGUGAGUCCAGUGAAGAAGAAGAAGAAAAUGAUGAAGAAGGAGAUGAAGACGGUGAGGAAAAUAAUGAAGAGGAGGAGGAAGAUGAAGAUGAAGAGGAUAAGAAGUCAGACAAAUCACAAAGACGCUCAUAUUAUCUCAGGGAACACAAACCUAGAACACAGCUAUUUGAAGUGCCAAUAGAAGAGAGACGGCGUAGGAAGCCCACAAUUUUUGCUGAUGCCCCAGAUUCACCUGUGAGACGGAAGAAGAAGCACUCGCCAGUUUAUCGUUCUCCAGCACAUCGACGUGUCAAUAUUAGAAGAAAGAGAGCUUUUCAUGGCAGCUCCAGCACCUCUUCAUCAUCUUCGGGGUCUAGCAGUGAUGAAGAGCACUUCCAGAGAAGGAAGGCCAAAAGUAUGGCAAGGGCACGGAAUCAGCUCCUGCCUAUGAACCUAACAGACAAAGAUAUUGUUGGAACCAUGAAGGACAGACAGAGGAUUGGAGCCAGUCUGGCUGAUAUUGACCCUAUGACAAUUGAUAAAUCUGUAACUUUUGAGAGUGUUGGAGGCCUAGAGAAGCAUAUCAGAGCUCUGAAAGAAAUGGUUGUUUUCCCACUUCUCUAUUCUGAAGUCUUUGAGAGAUUUAAGAUAGCACCUCCUAGAGGAUGCUUGUUUUAUGGACCACCUGGUACAGGAAAAACUUUGGUAGCGAGAGCCUUGGCAAAUGAAUGCAGCAAGGGAGAUAAACGUGUAGCUUUUUUCAUGAGGAAAGGUGCAGACUGUUUGAGCAAAUGGGUUGGAGAGUCGGAGCGUCAGCUUCGCCUUCUCUUUGAUCAAGCCUAUCAGAUGCGGCCCUCUAUCAUCUUCUUCGAUGAGAUAGAUGGACUAGCACCUGUCAGAUCUAGUCGUCAGGAUCAAAUCCAUAGCUCUAUUGUGUCCACACUCCUGGCCCUAAUGGAUGGGCUUGACAACAGAGGAGAGGUAAUUGUGAUUGGAGCUACCAACAGAAUUGAUUCCAUUGACCCAGCCCUCAGAAGACCAGGCAGAUUUGACAGAGAAUUUAUGUUUUCUCUGCCCUCAAAAGAGGCAAGAAGACAAAUUCUGUCUAUACACACUAAAGAUUGGAACCCCAAAUUACUACCUCAGUUCAUCAACAGUGUGGCUGAUCUUUGUGUUGGCUACUGUGGAGCAGACUUGAAGGCUCUCUGUACUGAGGCUGCUUUGCUUGCUCUGAGGAAGAGGUACCCUCAGAUCUACCAGUCCUCAGAGAAGCUGCAGAUUGAUGUGUCCAGUAUCAGUGUCAGUGCCCAGGACUUCCAGGGAGCCAUGCAGUCUAUUGUCCCAGCUUCACAGCGAUGUGUAGCCUCCCCAGGGAAAGCCCUCAGUUGUCAUAUCAGGCCACUGUUACAAAACAUUCUCUCAACUGCCUUAGAGGCCUUACACAAAGCCUUCCCUGUCAGUAUUGCUCAGAUAUCUCAGGACUCUAAAACCCAGUCUCAGGGACUGUAUGAUGAUUGGAGUGAUGAGGAGAAUCAGGAGAUGCUGACAAUUUAUGAGGGAAAGAGAAGAAGUAGAGUCACAGAUGAAGAAUUCAUGGAUAAUCUUAUCAGUUAUUCUAGCAGGAAGCCGUGCUUGUACAGACCCCGUUUGAUUCUGGAGGGACCGGCUGGUAGGGGACAGACCACUCACCUGGGUCCUUCUCUGCUACAUCAUAUGGAACACCUGUCAGUUCACCUGCUGGAUCUGGCCACUAUGUUCUGUAUCUCCUCCAGGACCCCCGAGGAAGCUUGUGCUCAUGUAUUCCGUGAGGCGAUGAGAACCUCCCCAUGUAUUGUUUAUAUGCCUCGUAUCAAUCAGUGGUGGGAUGUCUUGUCUGAGUCCAUGAAAACAACAUUGCUUACCACCAUCCAAAAUCUGGACCCUUCAUCUGCUAUCCUACUCCUGGCCACAAGUGAAGAACCUCUCAAACAGCUUGAUCCCUGGGUUAAGGGUAUAUUUGGACAGCACAGCAGUGAAGUGAUUAAUGUCAGUAAUCCAACUGCAGAAGAGAGGAGAGAAUUCUUCCAAGAUCUGCUGCUCAAUCAAACCACAAAGAUAAAGACUGCCAAGAAAAAUAAAGGUGUAAAAAAGAAAAAGAAGGUAAGGGAUUUAGAAGUUCUACCCAAAGCACCUCUCCCUCCUCCCAGAAAACUGACGGACAAAGAGCUGAAGGCUCUGAGGGACAAGGAAGAGAGUACACUUAGAGAGUUACGUAUAUUCCUUAGAGAGGUUAUCAACAAAGUAGUCAAAGACAGAAAAUUCUACAUCUUUGCUCGACCUGUGGAUAUAGAAGAGGUGCCUGACUACUAUGAUGUAAUCUCUAAACCAAUGGAUCUGUCCACCAUGAUGUCCAAGAUUGAUAUGCACCAGUAUCAGACUGGCAAGGAGUUCCUGGAGGAUGUUGACUUGAUUUGUAGUAAUGCACUGGAAUACAACCCAAACAGGGACACAGCUAGUCGAGCCAUUCGUCAUAGGGCCUGUGCUCUGAGAGACACAUUCCAUGCCAUUAUUGAUACAGAACUGGAUCCUGAGUUUGAAAAACAGUGUGAAGACAUUGUUGAAUCAAGGAAAAGAAGAGGAGAUGCUGAAACCGGUGAUGUUCCUGCCUUUUAUAUGACCAAAUCUAUGAUGACAAAUCAAGAGAGGUUCAGUCGUCGUGUUAGAGGUCUAGACAUUGAGAAUCAUCAGGAUCUAGAUCAGGUAGAAAAGAAGUGGUCCGAGGAAAAGAGGAAACGGUCUCCAGUCAAAAAUCAAGAGCAAGAGGGAGAACAAGGGAUGGGGGAGGGCUCCUCAAAAGAGGAGUCCAUGGAAAUCAGAAACACAACUUCUCCAAAAAAGAAAACAAAAACAGCUCUGUUCACUCAGAGAGCAUUCACUGUGUCUCCCAAAAAACCAAAGAGGAAAGAGGUUUGGAGUUACACAAAGAGAAGAAGGUUCAAAAGGUUUGGUAGAUAUUCCCUUCCCUCUGUCAAAGCACAACUGAACAAAAAAUUUGUGAUGAAGAACAGUACACAAAAAAGUCCACUUCCACAUUUAGAAACCCUGCAAGUGGAUGUCACAGAACUUGAGAAUAGCAAAACCCCCAAAAGUUCCAAAUCACCCUCGGUCCAUGCUCACAUGUCACCGUCGAGCAGACAAGUGAAGGCUUUAUCUCCCAGAAUACUGACUACUGUCUCAGACAAAAAGGAGGACAUUGAAAAGGCCAAGGAGGACCUGCCCCCAAACACAGAUACUCUCAAACCUUCAGCCAUAGAGGUAGACAGUGGAAUCAGCAGUGCUGUAGAUAGUAAUGGUGAUUCUGUAGACAGUGUGGAACAGGCAAAACAGCUGGCAAAACAGAAAUUGAUCUCUUUGGAUAAUAUAGAAACUCCUCCAGAGAAAGAGCCCCCUGUAUUGAUACCUGAAACGGAACCAGACAAGUUGACCAAGGUGGUGAUAAAUAGAGAGGCUCUGGAACAGCUGUUGGAGAGGGUGGUGGCUAGUACAGAAGGAUUUAAUGUGGAGAGACUACAGAAACUUUACAGUGUGUUCACUCAGUGUAUUGUACGACACAGAGACAAUCAUGAUAAAGUUGCUUUAGUGCAGGAAUUACAAAAUAUAACAGAAACCAGUGUCACAUCAUCCUGAUACGAGCAGAUCUGAAAAUAAAAACGUGUAGUAGGGGCAGAUAAUUUCAAUCCCCAUUCCAUGUAUGAAUGCUUGUUAACUUGUAAUUUCUGGUCAGAUUUAUGUCAAAUGUAUUGUUCAAUGAUGUUUAGUAUUCAGUUUGUCAGAUCGUGUAAGAAAUAAUCAUUUGAUAUACAGUAUAAAGGAUACUUUUUUAAAGUUGUUUGUACAGAACAAUCUUCGUAAAUCCACUACAGUCAUUAUGCAUACAAGACUGUUGAAUACAUUUUAUUUGUAAAUAUUGGAAAGAAAAGCCCUGACAUUAGAAAAAAGCUGCAUCAGUAUGUCAGAAGAAAAAACCCAGAAGGAAUAUAUCCCAGUGCUAUUCUGAUAAGUUGACUGAUACAUGUUUCAGCAUUCAAGUUUCUAUGAACAAUUUAGAUGAAACAGCUUGUCCUUCUUUUGAUUAUUAAUAUUGUCCUUUACAUGUCCUAGUUUUGCCAGCUUAACUUUUAAUUUAACUAAUGUACUUUCUGUGAAAAUAAUUUAAAGCAUCAAUUGAAUAUGUUUAUUAUAUUUUUGUAUGGAUAUUAUUUGUGCAGUAUUUAUUACUGAAUUAACUUGUUGACAUCUACAUGUAUAUACAAUUGUUUAGAUGUGAGAUUUGCUGUUCAGUUGAUUGUCAUUUCCACUUAAUUUUACUGUGAUGAGUUAUACACUUUUCUUGGGUUUAUAUUUUACAUUUCUUGAUUUACAUGAAUGUGUGUAAAUUUUCAUCCAAAUACAUGUAAAUGAUAUGAUAAAUGUUUGUAACAUUUUACUUUACCAUGUACUUUUAAGUACUUAAUUUUUUUUAAGUACUACAUGGAUCAGGACGAGAAUACCAAGUCUGUUAACGUCUAUAAAAUGCUAUUUACAUGAUAAAUUGAAUUACGUAUGUGGAUCCACAUAGGAAAUUGAAGUAAAUAUGAAAUAGCAAGACAUUUAACAGAAAUAUGUAAUUUAGACUGCAGAUAAACAAAACUUCAUCUUCAGUAGCAUGUUAUACAGCAUCAAAACCUAUAAAUUUUUAUUAAUUUAUGUAUUUUUGGGGUAUUAGGUUAAAUCUUGGUAUAAAUUUUUUUAUGUAUUGUUGUAUUUGUUUAUUGGGUUCAUGUUAAUUUUUUCCUAUGGUACUUCUUAGAAGGUUUUAUUGCACAAAUUAUUUGCAUGGUCUUGCAUUGAUGUCUUACAUGUAUUGUACUAUACUAUUUAUUGUUAAAAUGUGUAAUAAUUAUGCAUGAAAGAUCUCCAUAGUAAUCCCAAAAAUUAACAUAUUUUUGUUGCCAGUGUAUAAGAAGUCGUAAAUGUGGGUCAUAAAUAUCCUUCAGUUAUAUUUGACCAUCAUUUAUACGCCUGAAUGUUCCAUUAACAAAUACAUAGACAAUAUUACAGAAAUUCAGGACUUAACAUCAGGGACUUAAUGUCAAGGAAAAAAACAUGCUGGUUCCGCACACAGCCACGAAGUUGUGGUCCAAGUCUCAGGAACAUCGCUCAGAACUCUUAUUUAUUGUAUUUACACCAAUAAAUUAUCAGCAAUUGAA